UCCCUCUUCAUCUUCGUUUAAUUUUGUUGGCCGAGCCCCAUCACUAUGCUCCUCGAUAGUGGUCCCCAGUUUCCGUCGCUUGGAGUUGGAGGCUUCGGAACGCCGAGACACCAUGAGCUCGGGAACCGAGAGCCCGGACUGGGGCUCAAUCCCUUCGCGGACUCGUCCCAUUCAGCUGCGUUUAAAAUUAGCUCUGUUACACACGAUAUCGCCCCAAGCCAGACAUCGGCUUUCACCCCGCAAGCUACCGGAUAUGCAGCUGCGCUCGGACACCACCAUCACGGAGGGCAGGUCGGUUCUUACGGUGGAGGCGCGUUCAACUCCACGCGAGAUUUCUUGUUCCGAAACCGGAGCGACUCGACGGCUACAAGCGCACAGCACGGGAUCUUCGCCGCUUCUGCAGGUAGUCUCCACGCACCCCCUGGAAUCUCGGACAACCCGGGCCACCUUCUGUUCCCAGGACUUCACGAGCAAAGCGUGAGCCAUACUUCUCCCGGAGGACACGUAGUGAAUGGACAAAUGCACAUUGGUUUGCGUGGGGACCUUUUCGGGCGGCCGGAUCCGUAUCGCCCUGUUCCGAGUCCGCGCGCGGAUCCGUACGGCACCGCUCCGCUCCACAAUUACAAUCACCCUAUCAACAUGAACGUGGGGAUGAACGUGCCCACGCACCAUGGGCCAGGCGCAUUCUUCCGCUACAUGCGGCAACCCAUAAAACAAGAGAUGUCCUGCAAGUGGAUAGAUGAGAACCAAAUAAACAGGCCCAAAAAAACUUGUGACAGAACUUUCAGCACCAUGCACGAGAUGGUGACGCAUGUGUCCAUGGAGCACGUCGGCGGGCCCGAGCAGAGCAACCAUGUUUGCUACUGGGAAGACUGCCCAAGAGAAGGGAAAUCAUUUAAGGCCAAAUACAAACUAGUGAACCACAUCAGAGUGCACACCGGGGAGAAACCUUUCCCUUGUCCUUUCCCAGGUUGUGGGAAAAUUUUUGCAAGAUCAGAAAAUUUAAAAAUUCACAAGAGGACUCAUACGGGCGAGAAGCCGUUUAAGUGUGAGUUCGAGGGCUGCGACAGGCGCUUCGCGAACAGCAGCGACAGAAAAAAGCACAUGCACGUGCAUACUUCUGACAAGCCCUACAUCUGCAAAGUAUGCGACAAGUCCUACACGCACCCAAGCUCACUCAGGAAACACAUGAAGGUCCACGAGUCACAAGGUUCGGAGUCGUCUCCAGCAGCCAGUUCCGGAUACGAGUCCUCCACGCCGCCUGUGCUGGUUUCAACGAGUUCAGAAGAUCCUACCAAAACGCCUGAAACAACUGUGCAAAGCGCAUCAGCACACAGCGAUGCAUUAGCGCCCAACUUCAACGAAUGAUCGUAACAGAUCUUACAUCUUACUCUACAAGCCUUCCCUCUCCGUGUUUCGUCUGAGUGUGCAGUAGACUUGAACUUGGCAGUGAGUAAGACGCCAUCUUAGCAGCUCGCUUCUUAAAGGGGUGGAACAAGUUUUGUUAGUCUGUCUACACAGCGUGCCGUUUUUAGUUUUCCUUUAACAGAACGCUAACAGAGAAGUGUAGAGAUCAUACCUAGACCUUUAUAUAGGUUAUUUGGGAAACAUUUAACAAGUUUCAUUUAGAGCUGUAACGUUCUGGCACUGUGGCCUAUGAGCAGUGUUUUCAGCAGAGAUGCACGAGACCAAAGUGGAAUAAUAACAAACUCACAUUGGUGGCAGUUUAUUUAGCCUCCAAUAGCAUGCUGAAUUA